AUGGCCGAGCGGUCUAAGGCGCUGCGUUCAGGCUUCGCUGACUUCGCACCGGCUGCUUUCUGGAGGCUCUUUGGUCCUCCUUCUCGUCUGUUCCCGCCCCUGCCCUCCUCACCCCGGCACUCGCGAACCAGCCCAGGCUGCAAAGCUCCCCGCGCUUCCCGCUCCCACAUGUGGCCGCUGGACAGCGCCUGGCUCUUCCAGCCAGCCGUCCGCUUCCGCCGCCCCCGGCAACACGCACCCACCCCACCGUCACCCCGUGCUUUUCCCCCGGCCCUAGUCCAUUCUCUCCACACCCUCCCGAGGCGGCCCACACGAUUCUCCACCUGGGGGCCUUCCCCUGGCCACACCUACCUGCCUGCCUGUCUGCCUCCCGGGAGCCAUACAGCCCAGCCGUCUGCUGGCCAGCCGGCGGCGCGGACCCCUCCCUUCUGUGGGCCUGGCUCACGAGUCCAAGCAACCAAGAAGGUGGCUGCAGGGAGCAACUGCCCGCCUCCUGCUCCCACGGAGAAGACGCUCACGCUCACGCUCACGCUCACGCUCACGCUCACUACUGGCGGGGACCGGCAACGGAGGCGGCCGGCGCCGCUGGGGAAGCCCUCUGUGGACCACCCGCCCGCGGGCCCCACGCAGUCCACCCGGCCCGCUGGCAGCACCCGCAAAACGCUGCGCGCCGGCCGCCCUCGCACCCGCACGCCGCCUCGGGCCACGUGCCCAGCGCCCAGCGCCCAGCGGGCCGGCACGCCGUCCCCCACUGCCAGCGCCCGGCGGGCCUGGCCAGGAGGGCCCCGGAGCGGCGCAAAAGGUCGGGCGGCUGCGUUGGCCGGGAAUCGAACCCGGGUCAACUGCUUGGAAGGCAGCUAUGCUCACCACUAUACCACCAACGCUGCACGGCCCGGGCCGGCCCGACGCGGCCGGCCCAGGGUGCGCUCCGCGCCUUCUCGCCUUGGCGCUCUCUCGCCGCCGCCGCCGCCGCCGCGCCUCCGCCGCCCGGCGCAGCCCUGCCCCGACGUCCCGCCCGGCCGCAGCUCUGCCCGGCCACCACGGGCUGCGGCCACCACGGACUGCGGCCGCCCGGCGCCCCUGCCUCGCCCUUCCGACUCAGCUGCGCCGGCUGCUAGCCGCCCGGCCCGGCCCGGCCCCGCGCGGGAAGGAGCAGAGGGGGCGGGCGCCAGGCCACACCACCUCCCGCAUCCAGACGGGACCGGACCCAGCUGCCUCCCACCCGAGCGACACCCACGGCGGCUGCGCGGCUGGGCGGCUGGGCGGCACGUCGCCGAGGAGCUCGCCGUGGCUGCCGCGGGGACCACACGAGGCCCCGGCUGCGCGCUGGCGACCCAGCGUCCGGCCUCGAGCCACGCAAAGGGCUGGGGCCGGUGGGCGGUGGGCAGGCCGGGCACGCGCCGCCGGACGGCCGAGAAGAAGCGCCCCUGGCCCUCGGGAGCAAGAGGUGUCACCCAGAGCUGCGCAGGCCACCAAAAAGGGCGUCUUGCCUCCCCGUCGGGGAAUCGAACCCCGGUCUCCCGCGUGACAGGCGGGGAUACUCACCACUAUACUAACGAGGACGGCGGCGGCCGGCCACCCGGGCGCCCGACCCCUCUCCGGCUGCCUCCCCACGCCUGCCCCUGCCUGCCCCCGACGCCCUGCCCUGCACGGGCGCCCGACACGGGCCACCCUCUCCCGACUCCACACACCCCGCUUCGGUCCCCUCCUCCGCACGGCAUUCCUGGCUUCGAUACGUAG